AUGGCGCUGGGUCGGACUGCGCGCGCGAUUCAUGGUGCCUUGCGAACAGGCUUCAGAUGCAAUGUGGCACUCAGCGAAGGGCGACUUUCAGAGCUGCUGGAGGCAGAGAUCACCACGAUGGCAAUGAUGGAGGCACGAAACAUGUCGUUGCAAGAUGUCAUGGACCUCGGCAAAGCGCCUGCCUCUUUGCCGGCGCUUCUCAACGAGGAGCUGCCCGUGCGCUAUGCACGGCGGAUUUCGAUGCUCGAGGCGUUGCCACUGUGGCAAACCAAGGAAAGCAUCAGGCAUGUCCGCGAGAUGUAUGUCAAGUCCUUCAAGGAGCUUCGGAUGGUUGAUAACCUGAGCGAAUUUGAACUCAGGCUGUGCCUUGCAAAGAUCAAGCGCCGCCACUGCCGAACCAACUUGCUGGUGCAGGGCUUCAAGGAGUACCUUCACCAUGAGGAGUUGUCUGAGCAACAGAUCAAUGACUGGCUCAACGAAUUCUUCAAGCUGCGCAUCUCCACGAAUCUGUUGAUUUCACAGUUCCUGGAGAUGGCAGAUGAUGCUUCACAAGGCAGCGAGGCUGAUACCAAUCUGGACUCCUACCAAAGCUCCAUCAGCAAUCAAUGCGAUCCCUUGAAAAUUGCACGCCAUGCAGCGGAUGUGAUCGCGAAACUUUGUGAGCAAUGGUACGGUCGAUCUCCCAAAAUCGUGGUGACCGACGCGGCGGCCAUGAACGGAGCUCAACAGGAGCCCUUCACCUUUGUCCCGCGCUACAUGUUUUACAUCCUCACGGAGCUGCUGAAGAAUUCUGUCCGCGCCACGGUGGAGCACGCUGCGGGGCAGGAGAUGGGCCCCGUGACGCUGGUGGUCUCCACGGGCAAGGGCAUCACCAGCCUCCGCGUGUCGGAUCAAGGAGGUGGAAUACCCGCUGAUCGCCUUGCUCAUGUGUGGUCCUACUUGUACACCACAGCGCAGCCCCAGGACUAUCCUGUGACUAGGGAUGGCGUGGAUGCGCCCUCGGAACUCCAGCGCUUAGAGAUGUCUUUGCAGCCCCGCGGGAGUCUUUCUCUCAUCGACGAGAACUCAGAGGAGCACGACCACCGAAUUCUGAUGAGGUCGCCGUUGGCCGGGUUGGGCUGUGGCCUUCCCCUCAGCAGACUUUAUGCUGAGUACAUGGGUGGCCGUGUGAAGCUGCAGACGAUGCCCAGGUAUGGCACUGAUGUGUUUGUCUAUUUGAACAGCCUGGGAAGUAGACGCUCGUCCUCACCUACCAAGCUCUCAGCUGAGAGCUGCAGGUCAGACUUCCAAAUGGUGACCUUCAUGGCUUUGAGCCUGACCUCUUUGCCAACCUUCGUUCAUGAAGAAUUCAGUGCCAGGCUGAUGGAACGUGAAACGCAGUCGCAGCAAUAUGACUGGGUCGUCUGGGCUGACUGCGACACCUACUUCAUGAACAUGAGUACCACACUGGAAAGUGUCCUCUUCACCUAUGCUGGUGUGGCAGAUGGUGAUGAGUUGACUCUGGAUCCAGAGGUUCACAUGAUCGUCAGCGAGGACAACGCGAUGCUCAACACGGGCAUUUUCUUCGCUCGAAGCAGCACUUGGGUCGCCAAUUUGCUGAGACGUGUUUGGGGUUCCGAUGACUCUCCAUGGAUCGAUCAUCCGUGGUGGGAGAAUGCCGCCUUCACGUGGCAGUUCCUGAAGGACAACCCGCAGAAGUUCGCCGUGGAAGACUUGGAGGAAUGGGCCUCCUCAGAAAAGGAUGACAUGUCGGGCGUCUAUCCGAACGAAGUACGAUUAGCACCACAGUCACACUUCAACUCUUAUCAUCCUAUUACAUCACGCUUUCAGCAUGACACCUGGGAGGAGGGGAAGUUCGUCAUUGCCUUCAAUGGCGUUCUAAGCGCCAGCAGUCCCACUGUGGUGCCAUCCACUAUGAAAACGCGACAGCUGCUGCUGGCAGCGGCUGCCGUCGGCGCGGCGUUGGGCUUUCCAGUGACGUCCUUGGAAGUGACGCAGGAGCAGUUCUCCCAGCUGAAUUCCACUGGACUUUACGAUUCGCUUGCAACAAGCAUCUUGGUGCCUCACCUGAGUCGUUUCUUUAGUCAGGCCGCGGCGAUUUCCGUGGAACCUGGUGACAUUAUCAUCGAAGAUCACUUCCCUGAUACGACCAUCGAUGAUGAUUGCGAUCACAAGGUGGAAGCAUUGAACGGUCAUGCCACUGGAGAUCUCAAGAAUUCGAGUUUCCUGACCGGCGGCGUCAAGAUCUCCUGGAAGACUGCCAGCGUUUUCGUUGAUGGGGAGCUGGAUGCCAAGCUUGAUAUUGGUGGCGAUGUUCGUGUCCGCUUGGGGAAGCAUAUCUUUGGGCACCAUUGCACACAGUUGGCGAGGAAGACAAUGGGUCUGAAUGUGGACUCUGAUGGGAAGAAUGGCGUCGGCAUCAACAUGACUGCCUCGAAUGCUCACUUGGAACACUUGAAUGGAACCUGGUACCUGGCAUUCAAUUUUCAUGCUGAUGUCGUUGGCACAGUGCUUCAAUGGAAUGUGGACAAAAUCACAGCGGACGGCUGCAAAAUUAAAAUCCUUGGGAUUGAAAUUGCUUCAGUGUGUGGCUAUGUGGAAAGACACGUGAAGGACAAGCUGCAAUCCCUCCUGAACUCUGUUGAACGAGUUGAUGCUCCAAAGAUUUUGAGCAAACUUGAAGACAGAAUCAACACAGCGAUCGGUUCUGUGGUGAGGAUUCCGCUGAAGGUGCCGGAAGGCCCCGGCAUUGUCAUUUGA